AUGUCUGCUAUUUGUGCUGCUCCAACCUGUGGUAAAGAAACCGCAUCAGCAUUGAAAUGCCCAGUAUGUUUGAAGUCUGGUAGUUCUCAUGUCUUUUGUGAUCAAUCAUGUUUCCGUGGUGCUUGGACUUCUCACAAGUCUAUUCAUAAGAAGGAAGAUGGUUCUGAUGAAGUAUAUGACCCAUUCCCAAACUUUGAAUAUUGUGGUGAGUUGAGACCACACUAUCCUCUUACCCCAAGAAGAGCCGUGCCCAAGCAUAUCAAAAGACCGGAAUACGCUGACAAUGGUAGACCAAUAAGUGAAAUCAAAAAUGAUAGAAUAGGUAAGAUUACUAUUUUAACUCCAAAGGAAAUAGAGAAGGUUAGAAAGGUUGGUGCCAUGUCCAGAGAAAUCUUGGAUGCCACUGCAAGACAUAUUAGACCCGGUAUUACCACCGAUGAAUUGGAUGCCAUUUUGCACAAGGAAUGUACAAAGAGAAAUGCCUACCCAUCCCCACUUAAUUACUAUAAUUUCCCAAAAUCCAUGUGCACAUCUGUCAAUGAAAUUAUUUGUCAUGGUAUUCCAGAUCAAUAUGUUCUUAAGGAUGGUGAUAUCAUUAAUUUGGAUGUUACUAUUUUCUACUUGGGACUUCAUUCUGAUCUUAAUGAAACCUAUUACGUUGGUGAUAAGGCCAAGGCUGACAAGGAUACUGUGAAUUUGAUUGAAACCACCAGAGAAUGUUUGGAGUUGGCCAUUGCUAUGGUUAAACCAGGUGUUGCAUUCAGGGAUUAUGGUAAUAUUAUUGAAGAACAUGCCACUAAAAACAAUUGUUCAGUAGUUCGUACUUAUUGUGGACAUGGUAUCAAUCAAUUAUUCCAUUGUCAACCAAACAUUCCACAUUAUGCUAGAAAUAAGGCUGUUGGUAUUGCCAAGCCUGGUAUGGUUUUCACCAUUGAACCAAUGUUAUGUGUUGGUACCUACAAGGAUACUACCUGGCCAGACAGAUGGACCUCAUCCACUCAAGAUGGUAAAUACUCUGCUCAAUUCGAACAAAUGCUUUUAGUUACCGAAGAUGGGGUUGAAGUAUUGACUGCUAGAAAGAGUGAUUCCCCAGGUGGACCAAUUCCAAGAAUCCAAUAA